AUGAGUAUUAGUUCAUUCGAAAUUUUACCUGACGAUGUUCUUUAUGAAAUUUUCGGUUAUUUAUCUCCAAUUGAUAUUCUUCAAUCAUUGUUUUUAUUGACAAAACGUUUAUCAAGAAUCAUAUCGAAUGAAUAUUUAUGGCACAUUCAUAUUGGUGAUACAACAAUGUCAUUAAUGAUGUUUAAUGAUCAAUGUCAAAAUAUCUUGAAAUUAAUAGGAGGUCGGGUGGUCUCGCUACGUGUAACAUUAAUUGAUGUUAUUGGUGGAUGGUCACUCAUUUCAUCUUCUCUUCAAUAUCAUCCAACAACAUUGCUUCAACGUCUACAUUUAAUCGAUAUUAAGCCACAUGAAUUCGAUAAAUUAUUGCGUAACCGUUUAAUAAAACAAUUACAUACUUUAUUAAUUGAUGUGACAUCCUCUAAUCCAUUUAAUUAUCUUAAAAUUGAAGGAAUUUAUCUAGUUAAGGUGUGUUCAAGAAUGCCUCUUCUAAAAAUUUGUCGACUGUCUUUUGAUUAUGAUGAUAACAAUGUUAAUCAAAUAGAAAACAAUUCAUUGGGAUAUCAAAUAACGUUACACAAUUUAUUAAAUCAAAAUCAUCUGCGUACAUUAACUAUUGGUAUACGCACAUCACGUUUUCUUGAGCGUUUAUUAUUAUGUAUACCAUUUAUCGAGAAUCUUUCUUUUGGUAUAAAAGAUCGAGAUAGUAAUGAGUAUGAUAUACAUGAUAUAAAAUUAUUACCUACUACUAUUAUUGAUGCUCGUCUUCUUCGAUACCUAUCUCGUCUAUGUAUAAAUUGUAUGAAUAGCAUAAGUUUUCAUCGAAUUAUUACACUUUUAUCAUCUGUGUUCGGCCAACUUUGCCAUUUUUCAUUAAAAAUAGAAGCGCUUACAUCAACUUCUGAUCCAUUAAUUAUAUCAGGUGACAUUAUUCAACAACUGUGCAUCGAUCGUCUUCAACCAAUGGCAACUUAUAGUGUUAAUCUAUUAUUAUACGCUACGGAUACUUUUGAAGAAAAAAUAAUUUUCAAUUCGUUUUCUAAAGUUCCAUUUAUUCAACGACAGCGACCGAGAGUAUUCAUUCAAGAACUUAAUGAUCAAGAUAUUGGUCCUACAUAUCAUUGUUUUAGGGUAUAUACUUUACCAGAUAAUGGCAAAAUUCUUUCGUCAUACAUAUUCUCAAAAGAACUUGAAAAAUCUUGUGAAAUGCCGGUUAAUCCAGUAGAUCGAUUUCCACGCGCUGAUACAUUAUCUCUACGUGGCUAUAAGAAGAUCAAUUGUGUUCGAGAUCUUGGUAAUUGUAGAAGUUCUAUAUCAUCAUUAGUUCCAUGGUCAUUAAUAACAAAUAUUUCAGUCAAUCAUAGUUAUGUUCUUACUCCGGCCACAUUAGAAUCAAUAUUACGGAUGGCUUAUAACGUACACACACUAGAAAUUUUCGAUGAUUAUGGAAUUUUGUUUCGUCCAAUAUUAAAUAAUCAUAAUCUUACAACUCUAAUCAAUCAACAAAUUGAAUCAUUCGAAAUCUUCGAUAUAACAUUGACAUUGCAAAAUGCUCAACGGCUUUGCACAUUAUUGUCGAGUCGAUUAUCUAACUUGAAGAAACUUUCAUUUAAUAUUUGUGAUGCACAUCGUCGAUGGAAAUGGAGACCAUCUUGUAUUGUUGACGGGAAAAAUAAAUCCACAAGACGUAUUGUUACUCUUAUUUAUGUGCUUGUUGAUAAAUUACAAAAACUUGUUUCGCUACGCAUUGUCUUUUCCAAUUCCGAAUUCCAUGAUACACCGUGUUUUCCACAUUUAAUUCGACGACAAUUACAUCAAUAUACACUUAAUCGACCAUUUCGAUUACGAUUUUCUUUCAAUGCAAUUGAACUGUGGCUUUAA